CUCAAUAUAUGUUACAUGUGAUUAAAUUUUUGGCGCCUAUUACUUGCUCUUAUGUGAUAUUUUUGGUACUUGUUCACACAGAUUUAAUAUCUUUUUAUUGUUGCUAAUAACUACCAACUUUACUAAUCACAAAUCUUACCUUAUAAAUUCAAAAGAGAAUCAUCUUUGAAUGACAAUUAUUGCUCAAUUGGGGCAAAAAAUAUAUUAUCAUCAUGUUCAACAUCCAAUUUAGUAAACAUUUUUUUCUUUUUUCAAGUGUAAAUCAUCAUUAUCAUUAUCAACUUUCAUCUCCUUUUGGUUUAGUAAUCAGUGAGUGAGUGAUAUUGGUUAAGCAAGAAACAGACAAUCAUAAUAACAUCGCCAAGCCUCUUAAAAGAGCAUCUCUCCACCCGCGUAAUCACCAUCACCAAUGUGCUUUCAACAAAUUAACUUGUAGAGUUUUAUAGUGAUUUCAGUUUCUGUCAACCAUCGUUAUUCAAGAUUGACAUUUUUUUGUCAACUUUACUUACAUCAAUCAGUUAAAAACAAUCAUCGUCAAGCUACACUAAUGGAUCUAUUGAUUUGAAGUUACAUAGGUCGUGUUUUUUACAGUUUGAAACAUGGUUAACAAGAAGAAUAAGGUUAACCCGUAAAUCCAGCCUAGUCUCUGCUGGAUUACCCUCCUGCUCUUUCCCAGUUCUCAUCAACAUCUCCGUCAGCAACAGCAGCAACCAACAACAACAAAAAACAACUGCUACAUCACCUCUCUUUCACUCUCACUCACUUACACUUGUUACUUUCUAAAUACUCACUCCUCUUUCUCACUCUUCACUAAGAAUUCUGAACUGGGAGAAUCCAUAAACAUUCAGUUUCCAGCCUAGUCCGAUUGGCAGCAGAUUGCCAAUCUUUACUCAACAUAAAAAAGUGUGCCUCUAAGUUUUAGUUGUGCAUCUCAAUAAUUGACUUCAUCAUGUCUUCAAGUCAACUAAUUCAAACAAUUUGCGGUGAUGAUGUUUUCUGGGAUUCGCAAUUAUCAUGGAAUACAACGAAUCCUCAAUUUACAGAGUGUUUCCAAGUUACCCUUCUCACUGGAUUCCCUGUCGUUCUAAUGAUUCUCACCAUAUUAACCCACGCUUUCCGUGAAAAAAGCUUUGAUCUUGGAAAUUGGACAUUUUUAAAAUGGACUCGUCUGACUCUAAUUAUUUUUGCCUGCCUUGCCAACAUUUUAUAUUCAUCGCUUCUUACCCAGCGUUAUUAUAAAACACAAUAUCGUGUCCUUUUAGCUUAUACCAUAAUUCAGUUGGUCAAAGCUGCUUGUUAUGUUUUUUUAACUAUGAUUUAUUUUAAACAACGUUUAUCUGUAAAAUCUGGAAUGAUGUGGUUGUUCUUGGUGACCGAAACGUUUUUCAGCAUCAUUAUUUACCACGAUAAAUGGGUUACUUACAAUUCACAGCCUUUCUCUGAGUUUGUUUUCUACACCAUUUAUGUUCCGAUUUUGGUUCUGCUGUUGAUAUUGUUUUCCUUCAACGAAGGUCUUCGACUCCGAAAUCCAUUGAAUCAUCAUCAUCACCUUCACAGUCCAAGUUCAACCCUUGAGAAGCCCUUGUUUGAAACCAAAAUGUGCCCAAAAUCACAAGCAUCUUUCAUCAAUCGAAUCUUUUUUCUUUGGUUCACUAAACUUAUCUUAUUGGGUCGUCGUAAAGCUCUUGGUACUGAGGAUAUGUGGCAGUUGAAGGGAAACUUACAAGCAGCCAUUCUAAGUUCCUAUUUUGAUCAGGCAAUUUCAGUUGGUAAAACUGUUUUCCAAGCUGUUCUUAAUCACUUAAGAAACUGUAUCCAGAGGAUCAUCUCUUGUGGCAAAUCACCUUCCAUCGAGACUAAACUGACCAGUGAUGUUACCAAAAAGAUAGAUGUAGUUACUUUAUCUAUGCGACUUUUUGCAAGAAAAUUUUGCGUUGCCAUUCUUUUAACCCUGUUAACUGACAUCUUUACCCUUUUGGUUCCUAUCCUUAUCAAAGCAUUUAUCGGUUUCAUUCAAUAUGAAUAUGAACAACCAGCUUGGCAUGGAUUCCUUUUAGCCAUAUGUUUAUUUGCUGCCAAUAUAACCAUGAAUUUAUUACAAAUUCAACUCAAAGAAUGUCAACAGUGUCUUGGACUACGAAUGACGGCAACAAUAUCAGCAGCAAUUUACAAAAAAGCGCUCAAAAAAACUCAAUCUUCAUGGAGAGACUUUGAAACGGGAAAAUUAAUGAAUAUGGUUUCUGUCGACACCAGACGACUUCUUGAAUUUAUGGAAUUUUUCUAUGUUCUUUUCUCUGCUCCAUUCCGAUUUGUUGUCUCCGUCUAUCUGCUACAACAAGCUUUAGGUCCUUCAGCUCUUUAUGCACUACUUAUUAUGGCCAUUUGGUUUCCUUUCAAUUUAUCAGUCAUUCGCUUUAUGAAACGACAACAAGCUCGAAAAAUGGAAGAGACAGAUAAACGGGUUCGCUUUGUGAAUGAAGUACUCAAUGGAGUCAAAAUUGUUAAACUGUAUGCAUGGGAGGAAUCAUUCAUGGAAUACAUUGCCAAACUUCGAGAUUCUGAACUUAAAUAUCUCAAAACAAUGGCUUUCCUUCAGGCCUCAAUUAUCCUUCAAAGUCCACUUUUACCUUUGAUUUUCUCAGUCUUGAUCUUUGGAGCAUACAUGGCAACAAAUACUGAACCUUUAACAGCCCAAAAUAUCUUCUUUGUUUUAUCAAUUGCUGCCACCAUUCAAAUGCCUUUACAGCGUUUCUGUACAGUUAUUGAAAAGUAUACUCUGGCAAUGGUUUCAUGUCGUCGAAUCAAUAGUUUCUUGAACCUUGGUGAUCCUGAACAAUACAUUAGUAGAGAUGAAGACAAAGACGCCAUCAGAAUCGAAGAAGCAAGCUUUAGCUGGAAAGACGGAACAGUUAAAGUAGAGAGUGAGAAAAAAAUGAACAAAGGAUUAACCAAAAAUUCAUCCAAAAGCGCCCUCAAUCCUUCCGAAUCUGUUUCGAUGGAAUGGAAACCAGCUGAUCUUGAAAACAUUAAUAUCAGAAUACCCAAAAAAUCAUUCACCGCAAUCAUUGGUCCCGUUGGCUCUGGUAAAAGUUCACUUUUAAGUGCUAUACUUGGUGAAAUGAAUUUAACUCAAGGUAAAAUAAAUAUUGAUGGAGGUUCAGACAUUGCUUUCAUUUCUCAACAACCUUGGUGUCAACACAUGACUCUUAGAGAAAAUAUACUUUUCGGUAAACCAUUUAUCAAGGAAAAGUACGACAGAACAUUAACCGCUUGUGCCUUAGCUGAGGAUAUAAACAUUUUACCUGAUGGUGAUUCAACUGAAAUUGGGGAAAAUGGUAUCAACCUUUCGGGUGGACAGAAGCAACGGGUUAGCAUUGCUAGAGCAGUUUAUAGUGAGGCUGAUCUUUUCUUAUUUGAUGAUCCUUUGAGUGCUGUUGAUGGUCCAGUGGCUCGCCAUCUGAUUGAGAAUGUACUUAGCUCGAAAACUGGACUAUUGAAAGAUAAAACAAGAGUUUUGGUUACCAACAAUUUGGAUAUUUUACAGGAAGUCGAUAAGAUUAUUAUGCUUGAAAAUGGGGCAAUCAUUGAAACUGGAACUUACAAAGAACUAUUAGAAGCUGAAGGAUCGUUGGCUAGAUUGGCGCAAAAAUUAAGUCUUCGUGAACGUAAGAAGAAAGAAGAGGAAGAGGCAAACGAAGCUUCUGCUUUGGAAAUUGACGCCGAUGAAGAAGAUGCUGAUCCAAAAGAAACGAAAAAUAUUGUUGAAAAUGAAUUUCUUGAAAGUGGUAAAAUUGAUUGGGCAGUUUACAAGCAAUACUUCAAGAAAAUACCUUUCCUUUGGUUUGCUGUAACUUCUUGUGCAGCCGCUCUUUGGUUUGCUACUUUAAUCUCAAGUAAUAUGUGGCUCGCUAUUUGGGCUGAUAAAGCUACAAGUGGAGAUGACCCAUGGUGGAGGUAUACAGUGUUUUCAUCGAUAACAUUGGCACAAGGAAUUGGAAUUGUUGUUACCAUGAUUGGUUCCAACAUAGCUUCAGUUCAUUCUUGUAGAGGUCUUCACAAGGAUUUGGCUUCUGGUAUUUUACUUUCUCCUUUAUCUUUCUUCGAAAAAACACCCAUUGGUCGUAUAUUGAAUCGAUUCUCACGUGAUAUGGAUGUUGUCGAUAUGUGGAUUCGUUUAGUUAUUUGUUGUCUUAUUAUCGCGGCCAUUGACUGUAUUGGAGCUUUGUGUAAUAUCGCAAUCCAAGCACCUGUGUUUAUUCUGGUUAUGCUUCCCCUUGGAUUCAUUUUCAGUAUAUUUCCUAGAGUCUACAUGCCAGCUACCCGACAAUUGAAAAGACUUGAUUCAACGACACGAUCCCCGAUUUAUUCCUAUAUCGGUGAAUCAGUUUCUGGUAUUGUCACUAUUCGUGCCUAUGGUGUUCAAAAUAGGUUUAUAAAUGAAUUUUUCCAGCGAAUCGAUACAAAUCAAAAUACAGCUUAUUUAUCAGUUAUGUCUAUUUUAUGGAGGCAAAUGAUUCUCGGCAUUUUCGGCUCUCUACUUCUUUUCUUGGUCGCCAUAUUUGGUAUUAUUUCAAAAGAUUCAAUUGGACCCGGUGACAUUGGUCUUAUGUUGGUUGCUGCACAACGUGUUACAGAAUCAAGUAUUAUGUGUCUCGACUUUAUUGCUGAACUCGAGGUGAAUAUCGUCUGUGUAGAACGUAUUGCUGAAUAUUCAGCUUUACCUCCUGAAGGUGAAAGAUUCCAAGGAAAGCGAGAUCCUGGACCAAAUUGGCCAACACAAGGAUCAAUACAUUUUGAUCAUUAUUCAACUCGUUAUCGACCUGAAUUGGACAAAGUUUUAUCAGGAAUUGAAUGUACAAUCGGUUCUGGUGAAAAAAUUGGAAUUGUCGGCAGAACUGGAGCUGGAAAAUCAACUAUUUCGUUAGCUCUUUUCCGAAUAUUGAAAGCUUGCGAAGGAGGAAUAUUAAUUGACGAUUGCAAUAUAGAUGAUCUUGGUUUACACACUUUGAGAUCUCGCCUUGCAAUUAUCCCUCAGGACCCAGUCAUAUUUUGUGGCUCUUUAAGAUUCAAUUUAGAUCCAUUUGAUAAAUAUAGCGAUGAUGAGAUCUGGGCCUGUCUUGAGCUUUCUCAUCUAAAAAAAUAUUUUGAACAGUCAGGAGCUGGACUUGACUUCCAAGCUAGUGAAGGAGGUAAAAAUUUAAGCCUUGGACAGCGACAAUUGAUUUGUUUGACGCGAGCCCUUCUCAAAAAAUCGAAAGUAUUAGUUCUUGAUGAAGCAACAGCGGCUAUCGAUAUGGAAACUGAUGCUUUGGUCCAAGAAACUAUUCGAAGUCAAUUUUCUGAUUGUACAAUUUUAACAAUUGCCCAUCGACUGAACACUAUCAUGGACUCUGAUCGCAUAUUGGUGCUUGAUGCUGGUAAAAUAGUUGAAUUUGAUUCUCCAGCCAAUCUUAUGAAGAAUCAAGUCUCCUAUUUCCAUAGCUUAGCUAAAGAAGCUGGUCUUCUACCCAAAAAUUGACUACAUUGAUUGCUUUUUAAAAACACCCUUUUAACUACUUGACCAUACAAUGAGUAUAAGAAAAUCUAUUUGAAAUCAUAUUUUUCAAAUCAUAUAUACUAAUCAUGUUUGUGAGAAGAUAUAUUUUUAAGAGCUUUUCUAGAAAAUCAUUCAUCAAAUUAUUAUAUAUUCAUCAGCAGACAAGCCAUCAUUUUGUGCUUUGUAAAAAAUUUUAACAAAACUCUCUUUAUUGCACAAAAACAAUUGAAAAGCAUUUAAUGUUGAUAUGGGGUUAAAUCUAUUUCUAUGAAUUUCGCUGAUUACAGUUAACCCUGUGCCAUAAUCAUCUUUCCCCUUGUUCAAAUCAACUAUAAUAAAAGUACAAUUUACUCCAACCAAU